AUGGAAGACACCAAAGAGGUAACCGGCUUGGAACUCAUCAAGUCUUUUGAUUCUUUCCUCUUCGAUGCAGACGGUGUUCUCUGGGUUGGUGACCGUCCUCUUCCUGGAGCAGUAGAAUUUUUACGUUCUCUGGUUGACAAAGGUAAAAAUGUAUUUAUUGUUUCUAAUAACGCAACAAAAACACUGAAUGAUUAUAUGUUAAAGUGUCGGAAACUCGGUUUUGAUAUGAUAACGGAUAACAGCAUUGUUAAUCCAGCCCUUGUCUUGUCUCACCUACUCUCGAAGGAAAAGUCAGACCUUCCUGUAUAUAUAGUUGGUUCCCCUGCACUUCAGCAAGAGCUAGCAAAAAAGGGGAUAGGGAGUUUUGGAGUUGGCCCUGAUCCAGUCGAAAAUUACACUUCAUCUCUGUUCAUCCGCGAUAUCGACGUCUCACGUCCAGUGCGUGCUGUGAUUGUUAGCUAUGAUAUACAUGUUAACUACGUAAAACUGAUGAAGGCAAGCAACUAUGUGCACCAGGAAGGAGUCAAGUUUUUUGCCACAAAUAAAGAUGCGACGUUCCCUGGUUCAAAUCCAAAUAUUAGAAUCCCUGGUUCCGGUAUGGACGUAGCUGCUGUGGAAUACGUUUCUGGGAAACAACCGAUAGUUAUUGGAAAACCGUCACAUUCAAUGUUCGAGUACAUAAAAGAAAAGGAUAAUAAUAUGAAAACACUACUGGUUGGGACUGGAAUACAUUCUAUGGACGAAGUGCAUUCAUUUAGGCUUCAAAAGCGACUUGAUCUGGUACCAGACUUUUAUUCACCUUCUUUAAGUGAACUUUACUCGUCUAUAACUUAG